AUGGCUGAAGAAGUGAAGCUGUUUGGUGCAUGGGGAAGCCCCUAUAGCCGCAGAAUUGAAUUGGCCCUGAAGCUGAAAGGACUUCAAUUUGAAUACAUAGAAGAGAACUUGUACAAUAAGAGUCCUGCGCUUCUCAAGUAUAAUCCAGUUCACAAGAAAGUCCCUGUGCUUGUACACAAUGGAAAGCCGGUUGCAGAGUCACUUGUCAUCCUGGAGUACAUUGAUGAGACCUGGAAACACAACCCCUUCUUGCCUACAGACCCUUACGAAAAGGCCAAGGCACGGUUCUGGGCUAGGUUCAUAGAUGAGAAGUUCUGGCCGGCAGCAAAAAAGGCUAUGGCGAGUAGGGGAAGGGAGCGAGAGGAAGCGAUUGAAGAAGCUCAGCAGCAUCUGAAAACCCUUGAGAGUGAGCUGAAAGAGAAGAAAAUCUUCGGAAGGGAGAGUUUGGGAUUUGUGGACAUAGCUGCGCAUCUUUUGGUUUGGCUUGUUGUUGCCCAAGAAGCCUUUGGAGUGGAGAUCCUAACUGAGGAGAAGUUUCCCGCCGUGCAUGAAUUGUAUCAAAGGCUCGCAGAUGAGGCUGUUUUCAAGGAAUGUAUGCCACCAAAGGAGCAACUCAUUGUCUAUCUUAAAGUUCGGUUGGGAGCCUCGACUGCUUCCAAAUGAAGAGUUGGUUUAUGUACGUGUCUGAGUUGAUGGGAAAGGAACCUCUUUCUUCUCAUCUACGUAUGUCAUAGUCGUGUAUUUUGAAGUUGUAUCAUGAGCUUUGUCCCGUUUGUGGGUAUGAGAACUUAAAAAUAAAUUGGAGAAGUACUGCACUAAAUGGUACUACGAGGAAGAACACUCCAGCAUUGCUCCUUAAUAAUAGCAUUUUAAUUCUAUGUACAUCGACCUCUAGAUUAGAUUAAUAAAGAUUUGGAUAUAGAGAUACUUACGAAAGAGCAGCAUGGCUUGGAUAUAGAAGUUUCCCACUGUGCAUGAAUGGUAUCACAGGUUUGCUGAUGAUGCUGUUUUCAAGGAAUGUGCGCCACCAAGGGAGCGACUCAUUGCCUAUUAUAAAGCUCUAUUUGGAGUCUCGACUGCUUCCAAAUGAAGAGUUGGUUUAUGUAUGAGUCUGAGUUGAUGGGAGAGGAACCUUUCUUCUCAUCCAUGUAUUUCAUAGUUAUGUAUUUUGAAGCUGUAUCAUGGGCUUUGCCCUGUUUCUAGGAAUGAGAACUCAAAAAU